GUGCCGUGUGCAAAGCUGAGUCAGUGGACUUUACCGGCUCGUGUGUUGUGUAGUCGGGCCUUCAUUCGGGAAGGAGUGGGAGCGAAGGGAUACCCUCAGUAGAUUAUAGUUGCUGCUACAACUGAACUGUCAAAAUGUCCGUGCUUACUCUAGAAGCCAAGCUAGAGAGGACGGAUAAAGGAACGCCAUGGGGCUUUCGUAUGCAAGGAGGCAAGGACUACGCGAGCCCCUUAACCAUUCAAAGAGUUACACCCGGGAGUCUGGCAGCUAAGUGUGGCCUUCAAGCGGGAGAUAUCAUUCUGAAAAUAGGGAAUGCUGCUGCUGAGCCUUUGAGGCAUAAGGAAGCUCAGGACAUCAUUGUAGCCUGCCCUAACAGAUUGGACCUGCUUCUGCAAAGAAUUAAAGAAAAGAAAAGUGAACCGGUUAACAGAGGUGGCUCAAGUAUCCAGCCUGCCUAUGACAAGUUUCCUGUCAACCAGUUCGGGGGAGGAUCCAGCCCAGCACAGGGGAGUUUCCAGUCCUCACAGAACUUCAAUGCUGCCCCCAAGCCUUUCGGGGCGCCGUCUCCGGCUGCCCCUGCUGCCCCAGCUGCUGCCCCUAGCUUCAGUAGCCCCAGCGUCAACAGCCUGUCUCAGCAGACACAGAACAUGAACAUCUCGGGCAGCAGCAGCAGCCAGGCACCUGACUACCUAACCGCAGCACAGCGGUAUACGGAGAGGGACACGGCGCCAGACCCCACACAGAACCAAUCAAGAUCUUUCAAAUUUCUUCAAGGUCUCAUGGACAGUGGACAAGAAGCCCCCACUGCCUUCGGACAGCCCCCUGCGGGAGACACGCCCGGCGCGGCGGGCUCCUCCCAAGGGAAGGUCAAGGCCAUCAUGGCGCAGAAAUAUAACAACCCCAUUGGACUAUAUUCAGACACCAAUGUGGAGAGAGAACUCGAAGGACAGUCUAAAUUCUUGGUCAAAGAUCCCAGCGGGAACGAUGAGCCAUCACCAGCACCAACUUUCGGCAGAACUAACGGUACAUCCACCGAAAAUAAUUCCAACCCAGAAAAACGUGCAUAUUAUCCUUCUGAAACAUUUAAGUUGGUUCAGGAGGAGGAACACAAGCAAGAGAAAGGGGAUCCGAGAUACAAACCUGCUCAAUCUCGGUCGCUCAAAAUGUUACAAGACCAACUGGAGAGUGGUGGAGGAGUUACACCUGGACAGGCAGCUGGAGGAGCCAAGCACACUGGAUGGGCUCCACCUAAGCCAGCCCCAGCCCCAGUAUCAGCCCCUCCCCCUCCCCCUGCUGCCAAGCCAUGGGCCCCCUCUGCCCCUGCACCACCACCCCCAGGCCCAUCCAUGGGAGGACCGAUGGGAGGACCGAUGGGAGGACCCGGAGGACCCAUGGGAGGACCUAUGGGGGGACCCGGAGGACCCAUGGGGGGUUCCCGAGGCCCAGUGCCCAAGCCCACUGGCAAGGGGGCAACAAAGUUCAAGAAGGGUGAUGCUGUGGUGCGCCAACAGGGGGCGACUGGAGCGGACAUUCCCAGGGUGGCCACCUGUGCCCAGUGUGGGAAUACCAUUAGAGGUCCAUUUGUGGUUGCCAUGGGGAAGACAUGGUGUCCCGACCACUUCAUCUGUGCCAAUGCCCGCUGUGGUGUGAAGCUGAUUGACAUCGGCUUCGUGGAGGAGGGCGGAUACCUCUACUGCGAGCGAGACUACGAGCUGUACUUUGCCCCGAAGUGUACCAAGUGCAGUGUUGCCAUUGUUGGAGAGUGUGUGAAUGCUCUGCAGAAGAGCUACCAUCCUCAGUGUUUCCUGUGCUUCCAGUGCAAGCAGCCGAUUGGUGGAAACCAGUUCCACAUCGAGGAUGGAAGCCCUUACUGUGAGAAAGAUUGGAACGCCAUGUUCCAGACAAUGUGCUCUGGGUGCAGCUUCCCCAUCGAACCUGGCGACAAAUGGGUCGAGGCCAUGAGCAAGAACUUCCAUUCUGAAUGCUUCAACUGCUCGACUUGCCAAAUUAGUUUGGAAGGCGCUCCUUUCUAUGUCAAGGCCGGGAAGCCCUUCUGCAAGAAACAUGUACGAUAGAAUAACACUGGAAGAUACAAUAAUUAUUCUUACAAUACAACUGUUGACUAAUAAGUGAAGAUGAGUUCUGGCUACAGUACUGGGUUAUUCCACAGUCGACGGUUUGCGGUGCCUUGUGGUGAAAUGGCUAGUUAGCUAGGGUCUUUUUUUAUUGCUCCAUCCACAUUUCAAUAAUUCCUUUGUUUAAGCAAUUAAAAACUAUGUGACUGUGUGCCUUGAUUAUAUAAGCAUACAGUUUAUAUAAUAUAAUUUUGAAAUGCAUAAAAUAUGUACAAAAUAUUAAACAUGGUUUAAUGUUUUAUCCUGAUUUGGAAUAUUUGAUAUUUUCUUAUAGUGUCAAGUUGUGCAACAAUUAAAUGGUUCAGAAUAAGAUAAUUAUUAUGCGUAUGGUUGCACUUGAUUUGCUUAGCCAAGCAAUAAAUCUUGAAUAAAUGAGUUUUUGUGUACAAACAACAUUUGUUAGGUUAUUGUUUUUUUAUAACUGUUCAAAUAUGUAUUUUGAUAUAUCUCCUGCUUUGAAUAAUUUUUUAAAGGUGUUGAAAGAUCCGAGUAUGAUCAGAGAAUGUCUUAAAAUAGUGAGAAAAAAGCAUGAGGCACAAUCUGUGAAUCUGAUUGGUUAAGUCAGUCUCUGUGUGCAGAAUGUGUAUAUAUACCAAUGUCUGAAUCUCUUGUUAUAGCCAAAUGUAAUAUUGAAAUCUGUUUUAGGAGAAUAGUAUCUUAUGUGUGUGCCUUGUGUUCUUGUUUGCUACCAACUGCCAUUACGCUUCUUUACCCAAUGAAACAGUCAUUUAACUUUAGUCAAGUUUAGAAGGCUCAAACGGAACAUAAAAAUAACUUGCGAAGACUUUGUAUCACCUGUAGCCCAAGUAACUUUCAUCAUUAACAUAUCAUUUGCUUGGUGUUAGCGAUAUAUAUUAGUUACUGUGGUAUAUCAACUAUAUAUCCAUCUUCGAAAAAGAAUGUUAAAUGUUAUGAAUCACUGUGUUCUAAGCAAUAUCCUUUUUUAAUUUCUUGAGAUCUCAUGUUAUGCUAAAUGCAAAAAAUAACAUUGUCGAUUCUGUGGACUGAGAAAAUAAACAUUUGCAUAAUUUUUAUAUGUUAAAAGAAGUCAUUAUUUGGUCUCAAUUAUGACAUUUUGGAGUGAAGUGUUUUGUAAAAGAAUCCAUGGUUUCCAAAUUUCCAUGCAGCAUUUUUUUGGUGAAUACUUUAAGAACAAAUCAAUAGUAUGAGGCUGAAAUUGCUUGUGAAUAUUCCACAUUAAUGUGCUUCGAUGUGUAGUUUGAGUUGUAUGCCCAAACCUUUAUGUAAGUAUUGUAUAUAUAUAUACAUGUUGUUAACACCUUCCCUUAUAUCCCCUGCAUAAUGUCUUUUCUUGUGUAUAUAGGUCUUGUAGAUAGAUGUCAACUCUCUUCUGUUCUUGCUUUUCUAUCAGGGUCUCUCCAAUAUAUGCAAAUCUUUUAUUUUUAACCUAUUUAUGUAGAUAUAUUGUACAAAGAUUAUACAUAGUUGAUACAAAUUUAUAAGUAAUUUAUGACUUUUAUAACUUCGCCUCAAUAUGUACCAUUUUUUAGACCUUUGUAAGAAAUACUAUUUUCUUACACCCUUUUCUAUUGUCCAUUCUGAGUUCUGGUGGCCUAAAUUCAAAAGUCAUAUGCAAUUAUUUAAAUGAUUUCCAUGGUGAUAAAUAUUUGAACUCAAUAUAUGUAUGCCAAAACAUUUUUGCAUGCAUUAGUGACUUCAUUUAUCAUUAAAAGAAACGGAUAUAUGAGUGCAAGCAGUAGCUAGGAACACAAUAUGUUGUGACAGGAGAGGCGUGACUGUUUCAAUAUGGAUGCCAUUAGAGCCAGUUUUAUACUUGCAACUAUUCCCUUGUGUUGGACUUUUGUCAGUUUAGUACCUCAGUUUUUCAGGAUGUUGAAUGUAAUGUCAGGUGUUAUAGUCCAAAUAUUUUCCUGAGAUUUAGCCUUUUUUCUCUUACCAAAAUGCAAGCUUAAACCUGUGCAUGAUUUGCACUGAAGAAAGAAAACAAACUUUUACAGCAGGUGUUUAUGGAAUGAAUCGUCUUCAGCGAUAAAGUCAUUUCCAUGCAUGCAUAAUGUGAGGUUUUUCAAAAAGCAUUGUUCUCAAGUAUGAUAUAUGCUACUCAACAUUUGCUAAAGACCAGGGCGCCAUUGUACAAAACAUCCUUAGCGAUAUGACUGUUGUAAGCCUGUGUUGAGGUAUGGGAGUUAAAAUCACCUUAGCGCAAGAUCGCUUUGUAACGGCACCCUGACCUUGGACUAAAUAUGACACUUUGGGUCCGAUGCAUGUGUGGAGUAGUGUACAUAAAAGUCUUGCAUUUUGAUGCAGUGUUGAGAUAAUCACAUGAAAGGAGACGAGUUGCAGAAUUUUGCAGCAGACUUGACAUGAUUCUGAGUUUCUCACAAAUAGGUUGAGACUUGACAGAGUAUGAUACAUGAAAGAUGAUGUAAUAUACUAUGUUCUCAGAAUCAUCUUGAACAUUUCGCAGGGUACUCAAAUGUUACAUCACAAGGGGUCAAUGCAUUACAGAGGUUGAUGUGUUACUGAAUAUAUCACACAAAAGUUAAUGCGUUAUUGAAUAUAUCGUAAGGAAACUGAUGUGUUAUUCAAUGUUUCGCAAGGAAACUGAUGCAUUAUUCAAUGUUUUGCAAGGACGUUGAUGUGUUAUAGAAUAUAUCGCCCUAGAAGCUGUUAUAUAAGGCUUGUUCUGUUGUAUACAUUGCAUACAGUGUAUAUAUAUAGUUCAUAAAUAUACCUUGACAUGAUGGUAGUAUGAAGGGCUGUUUUGUUUGUUUAUUUUAAGUCUUGAGUUUGAUCCCAUCUGUGUGGCUACAUGGGUGUAUACCCAGACAUAACAUGGAGAUCCUCGUGUUUGGAUGCAAAUUAAUAUUGAACUGUCUUCAAACAGUACUCCUAGUAAUACUUGAUACAGUAGUAACUUUCCAACCAUAUCAUGUUCCGAGUAAUAAACGCAAGGAAUAAUUUUGA